GCGGAACUCUCCUGUCUCCCUCUUGCUUCCCAGCCGUUUUCUUCUGCCACUCGCUGUUGUCCCAGCAGCCAGCCCCCGCCUCCCUUCUCAGGAAGCUCGGGUCUCCCAGGGAGCCCGGCUGCCCUUGGGGGAGGCCUCUGAGCUGUGUGCCCUGCAGCUCCUCCAGCUUUCGGGACGACGCAAGAGGGGCUUUGCGCCCCCCGCGUGGCGCGAGCUAAGCUCGGCAGGAGGGAGCGUCUCGGCGGAGGAGUGAGGAGGACCGGAGGGAGAGGCGCGCCAGAGCCUCGGUCCGGGGCGCCCUGGUCGGCCCACCGCGGAGGAACUGCUGCCUCCAACAGGAAGUUAAGCACCUCUGACAUGCUGUCUACCCUGCUUGGUGCCUGAGGCUCCUGCAUCCCAGCUCAACCAGGAAGCACAGGUGGACUCAUUUCCCAGAGGCAGAUCAGCCAGGAGCGCUGAAUGCAAAUUCAGUCACAGGCUAGGGAGCACUAACCAAAGCCUGCAGGAUGGACUUUGUCAUGAAGCAAGCCCUUGGAGGGGCCACCAAGGACAUGGGGAAGAUGCUGGGAGGGGAGGAGGAGAAGGACCCUGACGCCCAGAAGAAGGAGGAAGAGCGACAGGAGGCCCUGAGGCAACAGGAGGAAGAACGCAAGGCCAAGCAUGCCCGCAUGGAAGCCGAGCGCGAGAAGGUCCGGCAGCAGAUCCGAGACAAGUAUGGGCUGAAGAAGAAAGAAGAGAAGGAGGCAGAGGAGAAGGCAGCCCUGGAGCAGCCCUGUGAGGGAAGCCUGACCCGACCCAAGAAGGCCAUCCCUGCAGGAUGUGGGGAUGAGGAGGAGGAGGAAGAGGAGAGCAUCCUGGACACGGUGCUCAAAUAUCUGCCCGGGCCGCUGCAGGACAUGUUUAAGAAGUAACCCACCCUCCCGCCCCAUCCACGUUAUGACUUUUUUUUGUUGGUGGUGGUCUUUCUUUUCUUCUCUCUUUAUUCAGUUAAGUAUCAGUUCCAAAGGGGAAGACCUCAGUUGGCCUCUGCCCCCUUCCCCAGCCAGGGGCACCUCUCCCCACUGCACUCCUUAACACUUCAUCCCAGGGUUUCUAGUCUUGUUUCACUCCCAAAUAGCUUGAAAAAGGAAGACAGCUUUACUCCAGCAGGGGGCAUUGAACCCAGAGCCAAAGGCAGUGGGUGCCCCUCCAGAAGCCUAAGGUCUAUGUUAGUGUGGUGACCUCCCCCCAUACAUUCCUUCAUGCUCCCCACUGCCAGGAGGACCACUGUCCCCAGCCAGCCAAAGUAAUGACACAUUCCAGCCCUGCCCAGCAUGCUGACCAUUGGCCUCUGAAUUCCCAGUGGGAGUCCAGGUCAGGGCAGAGGCACUGAGUAGCCUGGCUCUGAGAAAGGCUGUUCACAGUGAGCCUGCCCUGAGAGAGCCUGGCCCUGAGAGGCUCUAACUGGAUCUGGCCAGGUUAGAGUCUGGGCAAGAGGCUUGGGCUGUCCCCUUCCCUCUUCCUGGUGACACCUACCCAGGAUCACACCUCUCCCCAACCCUACCUUGUAAAGCACGGCCCCUGCCAAGCUGCUCCCUCCAAAUGGAUCCUCUUUGGACUUUAGCACAUCUGUGGAGGAGCCUAGGGCAGGACAACCCCUUAUUCUCCCUCAUCUGACUUAGGCCCUGGGACCCCACUGCCAGGCUAGGCCCUAGUUUGCCCAGCCAAGGGGCUGCCCAGGCCCCCAGAAAAUACUUGGAGCCAUCGGGCAGUGAUGGCCUGUGCCAUGGGAACUGUCAUUGGUACAGCCAAACUGCCCCCAUUCCUAUCCACUCUUCUUCCCUUCCAUGUCCUGUUCAUGUGCUUCCAAAUCCCCGUUGUCCCCAGGAGGACCCUUCUUGGUCAAAGCCCAAGCAGCUGGGGAAAAGCCAAUUCCCACCUGACAAAAGACUGUCCAUUCAUCCCACUGGCCAAGAAUCAGCUCUCCUUUGGGAUGUAUAGGGCUGCCAUCUGUCCUCACACCCGGCAUUGUUGAGGCUGCCUGCUCUGUGACUUGUGUAAAAUUGGAAGAGGGACAGAGGGGAGGCACAGAAGAGGGAUAAACGUGUGAGUCCACAUACACACAUCAGAUAACAUAUGGCAGACCCCAUCAUGCAUCUAUGUAUGGUUAGAGUGUGAUGUCUUAGGACCGCAUGUGUGUGUGUUAGUCAUCACACCUCUGUGCUAGAGGUUGUUUAUAUGAUGUACCUUGUGUCUAUGUGUUUGUGGGAUGUGGUGUGCCUGAGUUUCAAUUAUAUUCUCAGUGUGUGCCAGCCAUCUCAUGUGUUUAAAGAUUGCAUGUGUUAGCUUGUAUAUGCAUGUAUUUUCAAAACGGCAUGUGUGUCAAGAGUGCCAGUUACCUGUGAGAUGCAGAAAUGAGUGUUUGAGAGAACUGUCAGAUGGGCCGAGACUGGUGUUCAUGUGUGGGGGUCUGAAACAGGCAGUUGAAUGCAUAAGUAUGUGCUUGGACAGCAAGAACCAGAGUAAGAUGCCCCCUCCCAACUCUGAGACCAUUAGUCACAGGUGGCCACAUCUGACAGGAGAUCUUACCCUUGGCCUAGAGUCCUCCCACCCUUGGGGGUUUCCUACCUGAGGUCCUCAGGAUUCUACUGGGACAGACCCAGGCAGUGCCCCAGGAAGCCAUGCUGGGCCCCCACCAGGGCCUAUCCCAAAAGCAGGGGCCCAGGAGGGGCGACUUGCCCACUCGCAAAGCCUCUGUCCCGCUGGCCCCAUUGUGUUCUGCAGGUUUUCCAUUUUAGUGGACUUACGCUUUUAUUUCCGAGAAGACAUGUGUCUUCCUGUUCGUUUCCAAUAGUUAAAGCCAUAUCAGUUAGACCGCAAUACUUUAAAGAGGAGAC